CGUCGAAAUCGUCAAGCGAGAAUAUUGUCGCCCAAAAAUAUGACAGAUGUCUUGCUGAUCUUGUAGUCAAGGCUGGCGUCGGUCUCGGUGUUGGCGUGGUGGCUUCAGUCAUCCUCUUCCGGAGACGUACUUGGCCAAUUGCAUUAUCGACCGGUUUCGGACUUGGGGCAGCCUACGCAGAUUGCGACCGUUCCUUUAAUCCAGCACGCGUACCAGGAACUAGACUUGCCGUCAUUCCUUCUUCUGACGCACCCGCACCCGCACCUGCAAAGCAAUGAUAGAUUUCAUACUGUCCGUCAAUUACUCCCAUGACAACAGGCUGGAAGUUGCAUAAGUAGUGUUGCAAAGGCUCCAAUGCACAUGGCUCAAACAGAGCGCCGAAAACACUGUUUUGCUCGAACGUGCUUUGAGUUUGUUCUUAAUACUUAGAAUACAUAAUACAAUGC